AUGGCGAGUACCAGUAAUUCGAGGAAGAGAAAUCUUACAGAAAAAUUAAUUGAACAGUGGUUAGAAGAAGAUAACGAGCACGAGUUUAGUGAUGUAGACGACGAAGUAGCUGAUCAAAAUUUUACAAUUGAAGAAGAAGAACAUGUUGCGAUUGAGAUUUCAGAAGUCGAAGAAAUAGAAAUUGAAACAUCGAGUGAAGGGACAAAUCGUUCUACUAAUACGCCUGACUCGAACCGCAAUUGUUAUCGAGGUAAAAAUGGUUUUGUUUGGUCAGUUACUGACUUUUUAAGGACAUCGCGAACACUAGCUCGUAACAUUGUGUCUUUACCUAGACAAAACCCUGAUCAUACGAGAUUUCCUGGUUACGAAGCACUCUGGCUGAAGCUUUUUGAUGACAAUAUGAUAGAAACAAUAGUUUCCUGUACAAAUAAAAAACUUGAAGUUUACCGCCGCCAGUUCUCUAAUUAUUCGAAACACGAGCUGAGAGAUACAAAUGCUGUAGAAAUUCGAUCUUUAUUUGGAUUAUUAUACUAUUCCUCAGUAUUCAAAUGUAACGAUGCUGAUUCAAACUAUUUGUUUGCAACUGAUGGAACAGGUCAUGAAAUAUUUAGAUGUGUCAUGUCUAAAUAUAGAUUCAACACACUUUUGAAUUGCUUGAGGCUGGACAAUAUUGAUGACCGACAGGAGCGCUUAGAAACUGACCCUCUUGCUGCUGUUUCUGGAUUUUUUGAUAAAUUUAUCGCAAAUUGUCAAGCAAAUUACACACCUGGUCCAUACACCUGCGUUGACGAAAUGCUAUUAGCCUUCAAAGGUCGCUGCAAAUUUGUCAUCUACAUGCCCAAAAAACCCGCUAAAUAUGGGAUCAAGAUAAUGGUCUUGAGCGACGCCCGGGAAUCCUACGUAUAUAACGCAUACAUUUACCACGGCAAGGGUUCUGAUGGUGUAGGUCUCCCGGAGGCUGAGAAAAAGCUUUCUGUCCCUACACAGUCUGUGUUGCGACUUAUAAAACCCAUUGAAAAUACCAAUCGUAAUGUGACAGCGGACAAUUGGUUCAGCUCAAUACCUCUGGCAGAAAUGCUAUUGAAAAAAGGACUGACAUAUUUGGGAACAUUAAAAAAGAACAAACGAGAAAUACCUCCAGAGUUUAUGCCAAGUAAAAACAGAGCUGUUGAAAGUUCUCUUCAUGGUUUUACAAAAGACCUCACUUUGUUGUCUUUUGUCCCGAAAAAAGAUAAAGCCGUCAUACUAAUUUCUAGCUGUCACCAUAGUGCAAGUACGGACACAGAAACUAGAAAACCGACCAUAAUAGUCGAUUAUAAUCACACAAAAGGCGGGGUCGACGAAAUCGAUAAAAAUGUGCGAUAUAUUCCUGCAGUCGUAAAACGAGACGUUGGCCACAAGCUAUAUUUUAUCGAGUACUAG